ACCUUUUAAAAAAAAAGUAUUAAAAACGUAAAUGCUGUUUUACUUUCGGCUCUAGUUAGAAUUAAAUGUUCAGCGGGUUAAGAAAAGGAGGCAUCAGAGGCGGUCAAGAUCAAUUUGAUUGGAAUGAUGUUAAACAAGACAAGUUUCGGGAGAAUUAUUUGGGAAAUUCUCUUAUGGCACCAGUUGGUCGUUGGCAAAAAGGCCGUGACUUGAAUUGGUACACUAAAAAAAAACAGAGUAAACCCGCCCAUAACAUAUCUACCGUUCUGACAGCGGAAGAAGAUGAAAGGAGAAAACACGAAAUAGCUUUAAUUAAACAGCAGGAGACAAGAUUUACAGCCGCAAUGCUGGCAGGCGAGCCCAUCAAGCACAGAUUUGUGGAACUUUCAAGAGAUGAAAAAGAAGAAAUCCUUAAGCGGGGGCACUGCGGCGAGGUUAUUGCGGGCGAAAGAGUAGAAGGGAUCGGAUUUUCAAAGUCCGCCAAUUAUAAAAGAAGGCGAGAGAAUACUGGCGAUUCGCUUUUUAUUAAAACUCCAGAAGAAAUGAUUAAUAAAAGUUUGGAAGAAAAUAAAAAAGAAACUGAAGAGGAAAAGCCUCUGAAAGUAAAAAAAGCAAAAAAAAAGAAAAAGAAAGAAAAAAAGAGCAAGAAAAGAAAUUUCGGGGGCUUAACUAACAAUACUAGUCAGCCGAGUUCAAAUAAUUGUCAGGCGUAUGAGGCAGGAAACAAUACCAUAGUCGUCAUCCCUACCGGCCCGGUUAGUUUGAUAUGCGCAAUAGUUUAA